AUGGAAAAACAGCAGCCAAUGAGCCACGAGAAAGCAUCCGAGUUUCGACCAUUCUCGUCACCGGUAACACCUCAUAUGCGUACAUUUCACCUUUCAUGGUUCAACCUCUUCUCCUGUUUCUUCACCACCUUCUCCAUCCCUCCUCUCCUCCCAAUCAUCCGCCACGACCUCAACCUGACUGCCGCUAACAUAGGCACAGCAGGCUCCGCUGCUUUCGCGGGCUCCAUCCUCUCCCGCCUACUGAUGGGCCCAAUCUGCGACCUCGUGGGUCCCCGUAGAGCCUCCGGGAUUCUUUCUCUCAUAACCGCACCUGUCAUCCUCCUCACCUCCAUUGCCUCUACUCCCGGCGAAUUCAUCGCCGUCCGUUUCCUCGUGGGCUUCUCCCUCGCCAAUUUUGUUGCAAACCAGUUCUGGAUGAGUUCCAUGUUCGCAGAAUCCGUUGUUGGGUCCGCCAACGCUUUCUCGGCUGGCUGGGCAAACACCGGCUCCGGCGUCACUCAACUUCUCAUGCCUUUAAUUUACUCCUCUCUUCUCACGUAUCUCCCAUCCUCCACCGCAUGGAGGUUAUCAUUUAUCGUUCCUGCCGUUUUCCAAACUGUUACAGGUGUGUUAGUUUUAGCAUUCGGCCAUGACAAGGCGAACAAGGCGAACAAUAUUCCUGUGGAACGAAAGGGGAAUAGAUUAAAAGUGAUACUUGGUGGGUUAAGGGAUUACAGGGGAUGGAUAUUGGGGUUACUUUAUGGAUUUUCGUUUGGGGUUGAAAUGACAACAGAUAAUAUUAUAGCACAAUAUUUUUAUGAUAGAUUUGGGGUGAAGCUACAAACCGCAGGAACAAUUGCAGCAUGUUUCGGGAUGACGAAUUUGUUUUCAAGACCAAUGGGAGGGUUUGUUUCAGACAAAAUGGGGAAGAGCUUUGGUGUGAGAGGAAGAUUGUGGGGUUUGUGGAUUGUUCAAACGGUAGCGGGGUUGCUCUGUGUGUUGCUUGGACGAGUUGAGUCGUUGUGGAGUUCUAUUAUUGUUAUGUGUUGUUUUUCUGUUUUUGUUCAAGCUGCUUCUGGCCUCACGUUUGGCGUCGUUCCGUUUGUUUCUAAAAGGUCACUAGGGGUAAUAUCAGGAAUGACAGGCAGUGGUGGAACAAUAGGAGCUGUUAUAACUCAAAUGCUGCUAUUCUCAGGUGAUGACUUAUCAAAACAAACAAGCAUAUCACUGAUGGGCUUAAUGAUGAUAGUGUGUACUCUUCCUGUUACCUUAAUCUACUUUCCUCAAUGGGGUGGCAUCUUUUGUGCUCCUUCUCCACAUGAUGAUUAUGAUUAUGAUCAAGAAAACUAUACCUUGUUGGAGUAA